UGAGCUGUAUAAGAGGCAGAGCCCAAGUCAGCUUGCAGUUUCCACAGAGCCUGUCUGCUGAUUGUGCUGCACUUCACCAGAGAACAAUGUCUGACAAUAAGAGUUCAGUUGUGAUCUUGGGAAAAGGAACGUCUCUAAAGGAAGCUGUGAUAACUAAUUUCCUGGAGAAAGAUCUGGAUUCACUGACUAACAGAAAAAUCAAUGCUAUCACAGUUUAUGAAACCAAGGAACUUGAGUUCAUAUGUACGCCGGAUUUUGAAACAUCCCAUUCAGAAAUAAAGGCACUAUUUUCUGAUAAACAAUUUUAUGACAUGCAUUUGGUGGUGGUAGAAAGAGGAUUAUCACCAGAAGAUACCUGGGCUCUGAUUGAAGAGCUGAGCAAGACGACUGGAGUAGAAACAGAAAACUUGUUUGUCGUACUUCCACGACAGCAUCAACAGGUACCUGAAUCUCAUUACCCGUUCAAGUUCUACACCUUCGACCAGUUGCAGUCAAAACUGAGUGAGCUCGAAAAGAAAUCAACAGCUUCAAGUUCUUUGCCGACAGUUGAAGGAAGCAAAGGAAGACACCCCGACACUAAGGUGAACCUGGUUCUGCUGGGAAUGACCGGAACGGGGAAGAGUGCAUGUGGAAACACAAUCAUUGGAAAGAAAGUCUUCGAAUCCAAAAUCAGUUCCAUUCCAGUCACCAAAGAGUGUCAGAAGGAAGAAGCUCAGAUAAAUUUUCUCAAUGUAAGAGUUAUUGACACCCCUGAUAUGUUUGACGAUGAGAUGGAAAAAUCAGCUAAAGGCAAACAUGUAAAAAAGUGCAACGAACUCUGUGAGUCAGAUCCUUGUGUGUUUGUACUUGUGAUGCAUGUCAGCAGAUUUACAGAUGGUGAGAGAGAUAUCCUGAAAAAAUUAGAGAAGAUGUUUGGGGAAAAUGUUAGUAAGCAAACUGUGAUCCUGUUCACUCGUGGAAAUGACCUGUGGCAGGCUGAGAUCAGCUUCAGGGAUUUUCUUCAUGACUGUCAGGAUAAACUGAAAGAAAUAGUUGCAAAAUGUGACAACAGGUGUGUUCUGUUUGAGAACAGCAAGUCUGAUCCAGAUCAGGUCGACAAACUCAUGAACCAGGUCGAUCUGGUUCUUAAAAACAAGAAAUUAUCUCAAAGUCAAUGAUAAAAUAUUGCAAGUUGAUUUCUUUGUGCAAAGUUGAUUUCAAUCAGGAACAUCGUUCAGUGCUUUAUUCAUUUAUCAAAUUAUGAUCAUCUAAUUUUAAUGCAGUUCACCUGUUUUAUUUUCCUUUUUUAUGUGUAGUGAAGUGUGAAUACUUUGUUGUGAUUUCUUAUGUUAAUAAACCAAACUGAUUUCCUUCUCUUUCUUU